CUGGAGUUAAUUCCAAAAUACCAAUCAACAGAGACAGCUGCUGAUUUGUGCCCGUAAAAUUUCCAGUCUCACGAUGUCGAACCCCUGCCAGUGCCAUGUCUGGCAUGCCGAUAUAGACACCAUAACACAAUCCGCCGAGUCGGAUGACAAGAAGAACGAAAUGUUCGCUGAUCUGAGUCGGUGCGUCUGCUGUGCCGAGAACCGGAUGCUGCGCACCAAGCUCGCGCGAUGCGAGGCGACCAUUGCGAAUCUGGAGUUGUUUGUGAAUACCAUGAUGACCAAGCAGGAGAACAUUUUCAAACACAUCGACAAGCUGCGCCAGUUCCGCGACUACAUUGACGAAGAGCUCGCCGAGGACGUUCCCGUAGAGAAUCCAGGACAGAGCGGCGAUGACCAUGACAGCCUUGCCAAUGUGAAUGUCGAGGACGACGGCGAAUGGGAGGUACCCGGCACGUGCAUGUGCGUGCCGACCAGCUCGCAGCCGCUGCCUUCCGAAGCUGCCACAUCGCAGUCGUCCUCCGAGUCGGAUGGCGAUGACGACUUCUUGGAGACUCUGUACAUAGAGCGCCCCUCGGACACUGAGAGCGAUGACAACUAAACUACAUUCAUAUAUAUAUUUAUGUACACCUAUUGUUCUUUAUCAAAUAAUUAGUCUGGGUUCGUCUUAAA